AAGAUGGACCUACUCUCGAAAUCCGAAGCCCUGACAGUGACUGCAACCGUCGAACUUCCCUCUCUCAAACAACAUAUCGACGUCGAAGCCUAUGGAAGACACCUAACGAUAUCUGGGUAUUUGAGGCGCUCGGAGCACCAUGGAAAGGGUGGAUAUACGGUAUAG